GGCGGCGUUGGAGCAUGGCGGCGGCUUGACCUUGUGCGUUACCUCCCCGCCGCGCUGCUUCUCUGGGAAACGGCCCCCUUCGUCCCCGGGAAGUAUUCAACAAUAAUUCAAAUGUCUUCCAUCAAACCUCCAAAUGAAAAUGAAACGCCCAAAGAGAGAAAACCAGGACUGAGGAGUGUUCAGACAACUAUGCUCUUCCGAGCUGUGAACCCAGAGCUUUUCAUUAAACCCAACAAACCUGUGAUGGCAUUUGGACUAGUAGCAAUUACCCUCUGUGUGGCCUACCUUGGUUAUUUGCAUGCAACAGUAGAGAAUAAAAAGGAACUCUAUGAAGCAGUCGACAGUGAGGGGUCCAGGUAUAUGAGGAGGAAAACUUCCAAGUGGGACUGAGAACAUGAGGAAGGAAAUCAGCAAAUCAGUCACAGAACUUUUCAAGGCAACUACUAUUUUUUCCUCUGUCCAUUGAAAUAAUGGAUAAAUGUCUCUCUUACUAUUCAAUCCAAUAAAAGUUGCUUUAUAAAAUGCUGUGCCUGUACAAUUAAAUUGCAAUUAAGAUACAUACGAAUUUUAAGAAUUGUUGUCUGCGAUCUCCACGGUAUGUCAGAAGAUAGGCAAUUAACUCAGAGGUGCAGUCAGCACUGGUAAAUGCCUUAGAAAUUCACAUGAUAGCUCACUUCUCUCUCUGCUUUGAUUAAGUACAAACACAGGUUCAUAUUUUUUAAACAGAAGGUACAAUGUAUUGUGUGUACAAAGAAAAAGUUGAUCUGUUGAAAGUUGAUAAUUAACAGUGGCACAAGUAAAAUAAUUUUAAGGCAAGAAAGAUCUGAUAAAGCAGUCGUGGAAUAAAGGAAUUUGUAAAACACUGGCCAAAAUAAUCUUUGGAUGCUCAUACACUCUACCUUACAAAUGGAAAAAAAAAAUAAAUCUGUUAACUAGAUAGAGGAGAAAAAGUGACACAUGAGUGCUUCUGCCAAGAGGAGGGCAGGAGAACCUCAGCCAUUACCUUUCCUGUUUGGCAUCAUAUAGCAGAUCAGUGAACAUACCACUAUCAGCUUGCCAGUCGAUAUGUGUAACUCCAGGUUAGCCAGAGGUUGUGUAGCAUUCUUGACUGGUCAGCAGGACCUGUUUAUUUAAGCUGCAUUCAAAAAUUAAAUUUAUAUUGUAAAGUACAUGACAUAAUUUAUUACAGAUUAGUGAACUCAAAAUAAGGAAUGUAAAGUCUAAA